UUUUAAGAUGAUUUAUAUGAGCAAUUGUUUUUUUGUCGGAAUGCAGUUAAAAUUAUAGUAAUAUAACAUGUGUAUUAUAUGAUACAUAAAUAAAAUUUUCAAAUAUACAAGUAAAAAAAUGCCAUUAAAAAAGGAGAGUAGAAAAGGCAAAACUGCUAAAAGUGAAAAAAAAACGUUAAAGACAAAGGGCACCAUAACAUGUCACUUUAUCACUCCAGGGCCUAAAUAUCAACUUAAGACACUUGUCGGUCACAAAGAUCAUUGUAUUUCAAGAUAUCGAAACCCAGCAUAUACGUUUGGAGAUCGUCGUGUCAUCUUUGAAGUGGCAAAAAGUCCAGGACCGAAGUAUAUGAUCAAAGAACAUAGACCCAAGGGAUUUACCUUUGGACAUACCGUAAAAUGUCGUGACAUUAUGUUCGGACCUGGUCCAAAAUACAUGUUGCCCGAUAUCCCUCAUGGUCCUUUUUAUUCAGUCAAAUGGAGAACUAAAUUUAGAAAAACUAGUGAAACUCCAGGACCUUAUUAUAUUAAGCCUAUUACUGAUACGCCAGCAUUUUCCAUAGGAUUGCGCGCAGCUGUGAAGAAGCCCCAAAUCAGCGCAGGUCCCUAUUCGUACAGUUUGGACGCAGUGAAACCAAAAGCACCGAUAUAUACUAUUGCUAGUACUAGACGUGCAUUACAGUUAAUUUCCGAAAGUCCAGGUCCGAUAUAUGCUGUUCUGCCACCUAAAUCGACUCCCGCCUUUUCGUUCGGCGCAAAACACAGCGAAUGUGCACCACCCUACAUCACUAAAUGCGACAAACAGUGCUAAUACUGAAGAAAGAAUUUGUUUGUAUCGAGUUAGACUCGUGAAUGCACAUUAAUAUAUCACUAUAAUAAUUGUUAACA